AGCUGACAACCGAAGAGUUUAAAAACGAAACGAAGAAGAUGAGGAAGAUUUUUCGCUGUCAGACGUUUCUGGCAGCGUGAGAGAGGGGCCACCACGCAGAUCUGUUCGACAGGAUUUUCCGCUGGUGAUGGCCAUGGCAGCGGAGCGUGCGGGCCUGUCGGUUCCUCCGCCGCUACCACCCAGACCGGUAAUGUACCCCCAUGAGAAGAAAACCCUCUUCUUGGAUCCACUUGGAGAAGGGAAAGGCAAAACGAAGGUGUGCCUGCAGUCUACAAGAGCCUUUAUGAGGAUGAAAGGCUGCAAGGUGUCAAGGUGGACAUGCAGCACCCUCCCCCAUAAUCGCCAACAAGACAGCACAUCCUGUGGUGUCCUGGCCUUAAAAUUUGAAACCUCACAGAAGGCAGUGCACGAGCUGAGGCUGGACAUUGCUACUUCUCUCCUCAGAGAAUCUGAUGAUCUAAGCAGGCUUUGCUUUUACUGCGGGAUGGAGGAGCAGGAUGAAGAACAUUGGCAUGUGGUGGAGGCUGCCAUCUCCUGGCAGAUGUGUCGCACUGGCUCCUGAAUGUGUUAUGUAACGGCACGGCAGAUGAAGAGGUCAUAUGAUGAGGAACUGGAUUACGAUGGGAGUAGUGCAAAUGUGCAUCAUUUUUGUUAUAUUGUUACUUUUGCAUAAGGAGAAUAGACAUGUGAAGUGAUCACAUGUUUUUAUACAAAUCAUUGCAGCUUGCUGGUGCAGACAUGGCCCCACACAACAUCAGUGCUUUUCGGAUUUAGGUGAUUGCAUAAUAACCGUUUGGGGGGGUGCUUGCUUAUAUGGCUUUUAGGCUAAUAUUUAAUAUAUAGAAAUUGUAGGAAAAAAAAGUUCAAAAUCAGAUUAUUUUUAUGAAAUAGGUUGAAUUCUUGAAAAAAAAUUGGAAAGUUUGUUUAUUAGGUCUGCUGAUAUAAAU